AUGGCGUCGUCUACUUCCAGUGGUUACAGAAGUCAAAGCAGCUCCAUAGCUGUUAACCCACACUAUUCAUGUUACUGGUUAGAUUCCUGCUGCGGUCAGCACGAACUAACAACUUGUUCAAGGCGGCGAGAGGAAUUGCAUGGCAAAUUAGGCAUUUAUUAUUCACCCAAUGGUAUUUACAAGCGCUUCGCUCGUGAUGGUUUGAGCCGUGUCGAUUUGAGUCACAAUCCAACUGGGUGUACAAGAGUCCACUUAUUGAUUUAUAGAAUUCGGUCCAAUGGCAAAAAAGAAGUUCUAUUCGGAUUGAGCCAUCGUAGGAAUACUUCUGACGAAGCAACUCGACAUCCUUUGCUUUCAUUUCCAUACUCCGAACCACGUAAACGUGAUGAGUAUGGUAAACCAAUAGCACAUCGUGCGUUUCAAUCUAUUAGUGAUAAUAGAGAUAUUGGAACACAAGGUUUAAAAUCACGUUUUCUCUUUGCAACAUGCAAAUGUUAUCUAUCCAUGGUAUGUAACUGA